UCAAGCGCUCAACGUUGACGUCGCGGUUGAAAAUCGGCUAAAGGCCCGACCAGCAAAAGCUCCGAUACAGUGCGUAUUCCCUAUGCCGAACAACUCGCCAGCGAGUGUGUGACUGUGUGCGGGCGCAGACAUGAAGUGAAUAAGAAAUUGGAAAAGCACUAAAACAUAACAUAUAUGUAAAAUAUACCUAUAUAUAAAAAAACGCAAAAGAAAACGCAAGAAACGUGGGUAAGGCCAAAAGCGAGGCAAAAACCGAAAAAAAGCAACAGCAAUAGCAACAACAGCGGCUCAACGAUAAUCAGAAAAUAUUUCUUUAAGCCUAUCGCGCGCCUCAAAUCGAAAAAGCGCGAAAUAUUUAUUUCGGCCCCAAACCAUCACAAAUGCACAGGACAGAGAAGCACUCGGGGGCAUCCCAGCUGAGACUCUGCCUCGAAUUUCAUCAGGAGGAUUCCGGAAAGGAUCUACAGAUGUCUAGGAAAAAAUGCAAUAAUAACCAACAGCGGCGGGGUCGUCGGAGGCGGACAGAUGGGGGGAAUUUGUUGGGAAUUCACUGGUCCACCAGCCUGGCUAUUUUGGUGCUGACCAUUUGCAUGGCCCACACGUCGAGUGCCGUGCCCGCCAUCGAAAGCAGCAGCGCAUCCUCCACAGUCGUCACGGUCGCGGUCACGCCGAGUAUCGCUGCCAGCAGCUCGAGCAGCGGAAGUGCCGGAUUCUACGGCCUGGCAGCCAGCACCACGGAGUCCCCGUCCUCCCCGGAGCAGCAGCAGCCCCAGGGCCAAUGCCUGCAGGAUGGACUUUGGGUGGACGAAACCGCGACCCGCUGCGAAUAUCAGACCAGUUGUCGCGCCAUCCAGCGAACCGGCCACUGCUGCCCCGAUUAUAAAUGCGAUUGCGAAAAAGAUGGCAAAACUUAUGCCAAUGGUGAUAAAUUGGUUGCCCCCGACACGCCGUGCACCGUGUGCUACUGCAAAGGCGGCGAGAUUGUUUGCAUCCCGGUGAGCUGUUACCGGCGCGACGACUGCAUGCCCAAAUACGUGCCCGGUCGCUGUUGUCCGGAGUACGACAAUUGUCCGGUUUUGGACAACAACCCGCCGCUGGCCAGCGAGCCGGCGAGCAGCUCCACCACGCCCAACCCAAAGCCGGUUAACUUGGCUCAGCCGGCUGGCUUCAACUGGAACAUCACCAUCAAAGAGAUAACCAAGCCGACGGAGAUCCGGAUAACCGACGACAACAAGGCCAAGCCGUCGAUUCCAACGCGAAAGCCCAGCGGCUCAACCACCGAAGGACCAGCGCCUGCACCACCAGUAACCACCGGUUCGGUGGACAGCACCACGGCAGGAGCAGCAGCAGGAGCAGGAGCAGCAGUCACAACAGAAGCGCCCGCCAUCAGCAGCACUCCUGCAGCAGCAACAUCGCCCGCGACGGCAGCAACACCAACGAAGACGGCAGCAACACCAACGCCCAGCCAAGACAGCAACCCGAAAGCUCUUCCGGGCGGCAGCGAGAGCUUGAAGCUCAUCGCCUCGGUGGGCUACAUCGAGAGACCCCUUGGCUCCCCCUCCCUCUCUACCUCCCUCUCCCCCAGCAGCAGCAACAUCGUGGAGCAACAGGUGAAGCCACUGGUGGUCACCUACAACGCCGACGGACUGCAGCCGCUGGCCGGGAACGAUCCCAGCAAGGUGAACAUCAAGAGGGAGUACACAACGGAGGGUUCUCCCUCCCAGAGCACCAAGAACUACGACGAAUCCGCCGGGGGCCUGUUCAUCUCCAAUGGGUUCAGGGACUCACUGGUCGAGCCAGCGGAUGGGGAGCUCGAACCGGAUACGGCGGGCAGUGACAACAUCUACCACAUAAUAUCCACGACGGAGGGACCCGGAUCCAUGGUCAGAGUUACCACCGAUGAGCCAUCCAAGCCAACCAGUCAAUCCACCAAAUCCGCGGUAGAGAUCACCACAGAUUCCCCUGCCGGCGUGAUCAGUGAGAUGCCGCCCCCCAGCUCCUCCACCACCCACCACACGGAGGUGGAGGACGAUGUGCCCCAGGUGGAGUCCAACCCCGCCUACCCCUCGCUGCCCGAGGACGACUUCAGUCUGCGGGACGUGAACUUUCCGCUCGUGGAGCUGGAGGACAUAGCCGAGUCCGAGAAGGACGAGCCCAGGAGCAUACCCAGCCCCUUCGAGGCGGACCAUCACCGGCAUGUGAAGCUAACGCCCGACUCCAGUCUGGAUGGCAGCGGCAGUGGAAGCGGUGGCGGCGACAUCGAUCUCUACCAGGACAAGGCGUCGUCCACCAGAACCACCGCCACCACGGCCACCGAUGAAAUGAUGGCCGCCGGGUCUUCCGUCCGCGAGAAGAGCGUCCUGGUGCCGCUGUUGAUGUACAGUGGCGAGGACAUGUCCGGGGAGACCCGCAUCCAGAACGGCAGCGACCUGCAGCUGGAGAGGAUCGGCCAGGGCGGCGGAGAGGAGGUGGAGCUGGGCAGCGGGGAGGAGCGGGAACGGGAACCCGUCACCCCCAAAUCCAGUCAAGUGCCCACCCUGGAGAUCGAUGAGCUGGGCUCGGGGGCGGGCCAGGUGGGCGGUGUGGAUCCCAAGGGCGAUGCCGAGAGCCUGAAGCUGGACGAGAGCCAGGAGACGGUGGCCAGGACCAGUGCGCUGGACAAAUCCUCGGCGAGGGCCGAGAAGAGCUUCGUGGAGCGGGCCCUGCCCCUGGGACGUCUGUAUCUGCAGCGGAUCUACUGAGGAGCGCCGGCUGGAUUUGGUUUACUUGGAAGAUCAAACCUUUUAUUGUAUAUACAUACACCGUAAGGAACAAAAUCCAACCGUUCAAGUGAGCAAGUGUUAGGUUAAGUAGCCAGAGAAGAAAGGGGAAGAAGAUUUAUCAUUUCCAUAGACUGCAUGAAGACCUUCUGAAUUUAUCAACUCUACGAACGUAAUCAUUAACCUAUGUAUGAUUAGCAAAGCUGGGCUCCCCAAAUGCAAUAACGAAAUGUUUCAUUCAAAGGCAAUCCACAUUGCUUAGUUAUAUUUCUUAUUUAUACCUCUCGACCUAAGUGCACAUAAAAGACAUUCAACCAUUGCCACGCCCACAAUCAAAAUUCAUCGAAUAAGUCGCAACAUUUGAGAAGGAGAAAUUUUUAACUUGUUUUAUCUCAUCAUGAUUUUAUUUAAUGUGUAAUUUAUUUCAUUACGAGUGGAAAUGAUUUAUGAAGAGUGAACCGAUCGCUCCAGCGGGGCUUUUUUUAAAACGCAAUGGCAAACUAUAUAGUCCUCUUUAAUUUGAAAAGCUUUUAAGUUUAGACUGAAUAUGGCAAAGUUUUAAUUUAAAGCAAUUUACAAUUACUCCUACUUUAACCAUAAUUUAUAUACAAUUAAAACUAAUUUAAACUUGGCAUCGAG